UUGGCAACAGUACAGUUGUCAAUAAAAAAUAACCUCGAUUUCGAAUAUGUCUAAUUUUUGAACAAUAACAAUAAAUAAAACUUAAUAUUAGUUAAAGAGCAUCGGAAUUAACAAUGACCAUAACAAAGGAAACGUAUGUUGAUUUGCAGGAAAAAUAUGACAAAGUUAUUAAAUUAUUGGAAGAAGAUAGUAAACUGGAUCCGGAAUCUGAACCAUUCUUAUCGAAGUAUUCGGCUAGACAAAUUUUAAUUGGUAUGAGAGCUAAUUUAGAGAAUUUAUUAAGAACCCAUACCACAGAAGAUCCAUUGCACAAGAAAUUAACAGCUAUGUUAGGUACAAUUCAUCUGUACUUGGGAAUGAUUGCAAUUGAAACAGAAGAAACGUCCAAUGGAAGAAAACAUUUAGAGAAAUGCAAAGAAGUUAUAGAAUCUUACCACGUAGAACCAGAGUUUAUAUUAGUAACUCUUAAUAUGUACAAUAAUUUUGGCAUUUUGUCAUACCAAAAUGAACCGGAAGAAUCAAAGACUUAUUUGGAAAAAGCUGAAUCUUUAUUUGCAGAAUUUAAAAGAAAAGGUGUGUCUCCAAUUGAUAUUGCAGAUUUGUUUAAAACGAACAUUGACUUUUAUAAUACUGACGUAGCUGUGAAAAAUUUUGAAAAAAUACAUACACUAACGCUGUAUUAUUUAGCGCAAGCUUAUGGAGCUUUGAAGGAUGCUUUAAGGAGUGCUGUAUAUUGUCACGUUACGUUAAAAAGACAAUUGGAGAUGUGUGAGUAUGAUCCCAUCGAUUGGGCAUUGAAUGCAGCAACACUGUCUCAAUUUUUCAUGGAAAAAAAUUGUUUUAAACAAGCUCGACAUCACCUUGCAGCCAGUUCAUUCAUUUUGGAUGAAUACAAGAAAAAACUAGACUUUAAUCAAACAGAACCCACUGAAGUUCAUAACGCAAUGCUAGAAACGUUCAGGCAUAGAAGUGCAGAUGUAGCUCGUUGUUGGUCAAAAUAUGGAUUGAUAUUACUUUCAAAAUCGAAAGAUAGACUUUUGAAUCAUACUGAUGAUUUGAAUACUCAUUGCUCAUUAUCUACUGAUUUUUCCGAUUUAAACAUUCAAUUUAAUGGUAAUUUAUCACAAUAUGAUUUGAAAAGUUUGAUAUUCGAAAAAAUACCAAUCGAGGAGUAUGAAAAUCAAAUAACUGAUCAGUUCAUUUUAACCCUUCCUGAUGCUAAAAAAGUAUUUUUGAAUGCUCAGCAGUGGUCAGACAAAGCUCAAGAGUACUAUACAUUAGAUAGUUUAGCAUCUGAUUUCAUUGAUAUAGUGUUGGAUCAAACGCAAUUGUACCUGAAUUUACUAUUUUUCGAAGAUGAACCUGAAAAUCAGGCCAAAUUACACAAAAGACGAAUAAAAUUACUAGAACAUGUUCUUAACAAUGUCAAUGAACAAUAUUAUUUGCAAUAUUGUCGACAAGUAUGGUUCGAGUUAGCUAGAACUUAUGCGGAUAUUUUAGAUAUUAAAUGUGAUAAAUUGAGGGAGUCUACAGACCGUCCAACUCCUCAGAGUCUAUCUAAGAUCAACAACUUGGCUGAUAAAGGCAUUUUGCAUUACACUAAUUUCAUAAAAUCAUUUGAGGAUAAAGCAUCCAAAAAAUUACCAGAUAAAUUUCCAGAUGAUGUUGAAAAACCCGUUUUACAAGCAUACUUCCACAAAGCAGCAUUGUAUAGUAAAUACAUUUCACUUGAUAAACAAAUUCAACUGAAAAAUACAGAAAUGAGCUUGGAAAAUUAUAAGUUUAUUAGUGAUUAUUGUGAAAAACAUCCGAAAGCUAAAGAAUUGAUUGCAAUGGAGUAUGGAAUAUGCAAGGAAAUGGUCACUUUGCUACCUAUAAAAAUUAUGAAGUUGAAAAGCGCUUAAGGUUGUGAAUUUUUUUAAAAACAGACAUUUUAGGAAUUAUAUUAUCAGCUUUGUAAAUGUUUAAAAUUGAAAAUAAAUAAUUUAUGUAAGA